GUAUGAACAGCUGGAGGAUGAAGCAUAGUAAAGCAUCGCGAAGACAGAGCUACUGACUGCACAGCUCCUGUCCUGCUCAUCAUUUCAGCAUCAGAACCAUUCUUAGGAAAAGAACAUCAUGGGGCGAAAGAAAAUACAGAUCUCACGGAUUCUUGACCAACGAAACCGUCAGGUGACGUUCACCAAGCGCAAGUUUGGACUGAUGAAAAAGGCCUACGAGCUGAGUGUGCUGUGUGACUGUGAAAUUGCUCUCAUCAUCUUCAAUAGCACCAAUCGUCUCUUCCAGUACGCCAGCACUGAUAUGGACAAAGUGCUCCUGAAAUACACCGAGUACAGCGAGCCUCACGAGAGCCGCACAAACAGUGACAUAUUGGAGACCUUACGUAGGAAAGGGCUGGGCCUGGACACCACUGAGCUUGAUCAAGAGGACAGCAUGCAGGCAGGCCAGGAGAAAUAUCUGCUGAAUGAGGGCGUGGAUCUGUCCAUCUCCAGGCAACGUUACUAUGCUCCCUCUAUCCUUCCUUCAGAGGCUCAGAUGCUAAUGGGUGUUGGCUGUGAGAACGGUUACCCAUCGAACGCGAAUCUGGGAGCAAACCGAUCUUCAUCCUUUAAACCUCUGAGCUCCAGGCCUGGAUCUGCUGGUCCUGCUGUAGCCAACACACACUCUGCCCUCAUGGGAACACAUGCAGGCUUCGGCUACUCGAUGUUUUCCCAUGGCAACCUGAGCCGUGCACUGGAUAUGAAGACUCCGCCUCCACUGAGUUUGACCAACGAUGGGCGGCGUGGGGAGGUCCACCCUGGAGUGGGUGUAGCCCGCAGCAGUCUGACCAAUGCGAGAGCAUUGUACCAGAGCAUGCACUCUGGAGGUCCCAUGGGUCCCAUGGGGAAGCCCUGGAAUUAUGGGCCUUCAGAGUUUUGCCACCCAGGAUACACAGUGGGUUUUCAGCGCAGUUCUGCAAACACCUGGCAGCCGCCCACACAUCACGAACCACAACCAUCUGCGACUAAUGCAGGGAUGUCUACAGGAGGAAGCUGCUCUUACUCUUCCCAAGGCUCCUCCCCUUCAUCCCCACCUCUGUCCUCCCUCAACCGUCAUAUCAAGUCAGAGCGCGCCUCUCCUGACCACACGGUCUCCCCGGUCACACCUUCCUCCCAUCAUUCUCCAGCAGGUGGUCCUGACAGGAUGAGCCAGCCACAGCCAGGGCCCUACGUGGCCGUGGACAGGGAGGAAAGUGACCCGACUAUGAAGCACAUGGAAGGUGGUGAAGGUUGGCAGAGAUAACUGUGCACACAGCUGGUCUUUUAUUAGUUGCACUGUUAAACUAUGCAAACCCAGCUUUGAUAAUCAAAAUACAUGUAUAGUACAUUGUUAAUGUAACAGUGUUUCCAGUUUCCAUUCAGAAAUGCAACUUGAACCUGAUUAAAACACAUUGUCUUUUGAUACGGAAAAAAUGGGCUUGAUUCAUAACAGAGUUAUGAAGAGUUGCUUCAUGAAAGAGCCCAAAAAUAGUACAUAAUUUUGUCCUUCUUAUAUUAAAUGCUCACAGUGCUGUUUUUUGUUCAUUAAUUUCUAAUUGUGGUUAUAAAUAAUUUGAAAAAAUCACAUAAUAUCUCACAUAAUAAAUCACAUAACUUUCUAAAACUGCAAGACUUUCUAAAAACAUUUCUCAGGGACUCCUUUAAACAUUUUUUCAUCUGUACUGCAGCUUGUGUACAUCUUUGGUCUCUUGGUGUGUGUGGGAAGGGUUUCUCUCUGGAUGGUCAUGAAAAUAUUAAAAUUGGUUGAAAUAUGACAUCCAUAACACAUUUUCUUAAUUUUCUUAUCAUUUUUUAAGGCAAUGUACAUAUACGUGACAAAAGCUGAACAAAAAUGGACUGAAAUUCAAUAUCCAACUGUUUUAUAACUGUGUAUUGUCCAAGGCUAGAUUAUUUUCUUUUAUUAUAAAAUUCUGUUUGAGAAGUUAUACUUUGCAUAAUAAUAGUAGUUAUAAUAUUUUUUUCUCCUCAUUGCUCACUUUCUACAAUUUAUAUGGAUUUACAGUAUAUAUAUAGAGUUGUUUCUGUCUAUGAAAGUUUAGGACCAGAUUUUUUUUAAUCACUGUUCAGGCUGUUCACUGUAUUUUCCACUAGAGGGCUGCACAUAUCAGCCACUGAGCAUCACUGAGGCUCAGGUUUUGGUUCAAGUCCUUGUGUGGAUUGUUUCCAUUAAACGUUUGUUUGUGUGUUUGGUGUGUGACUAAUUUCAGUAUUUACACGAGUGUGGGAAGCACAUGUUUUUUUAUUUUUUAUUAAUAUUAAUAAUCUGAAAUUCUGAAUCCGUUCAUUGUGGUUGUGAUCGCUGUAACAAGCAAAACUUAUAACACUCUUUAAAGUGACAAAAGAAGAAAUGUUACACAAGAUCCACAUGUUUGCUGUCUGAAUUUUGAUCCUUCAGUUUUGCUCUGAGGCUAAUGUAGUGAACAUGUGAAACCUUUUUAGGAUCAUGUAAACCUCAGGCCUCAAGCGUUUGCAUCAAAUUAGGUGGAGUUUUUCAGUAUCACAACUUCACUUCAGUGAUUUUUUUGCAUUCUGUGGGUGAUUUCACAGACUUGAUUUCAACAUUAAAUCAAGAAAACAUAAAAGCAGACACCUCUCAUUUCUACAUAAUUGCAUUUUGCUCUUAGAUAAGUAACACGUUCAGAUUUCAGCACAGAAUUAGCAAUUACACACAACGUGGUUAACUAGCAUUGAAACUAAUAGCAUUAAGGAAAUUUGAAUGGUUUGCUCAAAUGUUUAUUUUGUUAUUCAACUAAUUUACUUUCUCUUAUUUCUCUAAGUGCUGAUCUCAUUUGUUAAUAUCACUGAAUAUAAAGUGGAAAAUUCUUUCCAUGAUCUUGAACAGGAAAUUCGGAUGAUGUAACUGCUUGUCGAAAUAUUUAUCUAAGGGUGAAUGAAUGUUGUAGGGACAUUUCUCUUAAACUUUAAUGUUCAUAGAAAUGUUUCAAGCAAGAAAUGUUAAACGGAUUCACCAAUAAA